UUGCAAGCAUAUCUCAAAAUACUUCAUCAAGAUAUAAAGGCUAAUUAUACCCAAAAGCUCCUGUUAUGGAAGAAACAUAGCUCCAGAACUUUUUUAAAACACAGAAACAUAACUCCUUCAAAUUGUUCCAAAUUGCGAAAAUCUAUGUAAAAGGGCUUCGUCUGCCUUGUGGAAUUGAUGACGUCAGUACUCUAAUAAUGACAUUUACUAGAUUUCAAAAAAGUAAUGAUGACUUUCAAAUACAAAACAAGAACAUGCAAUUACGAGAACGCACAGCACAAGCUGCAUUUCUUAAGCACUGCGGAGGAAUCCAAAGCGAUGUUGAAAUGAAUCUAAUUGCCUACGUCAUAAGGCAGGCGUAUGAUUGUAAUUCAGGCAUCGUUAAAUGGGUGAGACAAUAGAUUAAACUACUGGGUAUGUACAGUGCGGUUUCAAGCAUCUGAAUGUUCACGGAUUUAUGUUUAUAUUGCCAGCUGGACACAGGUGUUUAAUAGUAGGAUUGGAUCUAAAAUAGCGAUGAAAAUUACAGGGUUUGGUCGACAUUACUGCGAGAAAACGGGAAGACACAGCUAAGAGCAUGGUGUGUUGUUAGGAUGCGCACGCGAGUGUUGUGAACUGGUUCAGCUUGAUAACAGCUCUCUUAGUGGUGUAUAAAGAUAAGAGACUGAGGGGCGCUCAAGGAGAUUUAGAAUACUACGAUAUAAGAGCUGAUCUCACUUUUAGCAAGGAAGGGGCUUUAAAGCAUGGAAAACAACACAACGCGAGUAAAAAGUUGAAUGUCUCAUGAUCUCAGGAAAAUCAGAAAUUUUACCAUCGUAACAAAUAGUUUGGUUGCCUCUUAUGACGUCAUCUAUCACAGAUCAUCUCAACCGAUGGUCUUUUUAGUGAGAUUUCAUCGACCGCUUUAUUGACUCAAGCAGGAAACUGACUAAAUCGAGAAUUUCGCCGUUUCAAAUGAAUGAUACUACUUGGUAACAUACAGGGUGAUCCGAUGUCUGGAAGCACGAUAGAGAUAUAACAUUUCUGACCCCAGUUGUCUGUGAGUUCUAUUCAACCAUACUUUUUAUCAUUAUCAGAUUAAUCAGCUGUAUCGAUUGGCUGCUUUGACUUCUCGAAAAUUGUUUUUUGGAAACGUUUCGCAGUUUGCAAGUAUAAUAAACCGUACACAUUGAAGAGAAUAUAUGGCAAAAUCCAUUUUAUAGGAACAAAGUUUUUUGUCGAAAGAGCAAGACCUCGUGGUGGAGAAAUUUUGGCAACGACAGUAUCUGGAAAACUGUCAGGCUGUUUUAUGGACGUUCGUUUUUGGAUGAAAUUGUGGGUCAAGAUAAAAGAGACUACAAAUCAAACAAAAGCGUUCAAAAAUAAAUCAUUUUUAGGAUGUUUGAAUUAAUUAUUGAAAGGUGAACAAUUUGAACCAAUAUUCUUGGACGUAAAUGUUUGAGAAAUAGAAAGCCGAUAGAAAAGCCACAGAGAACAAUAUGAUGAUGAAUUGAAAUGAUUUAAACGCUUAACUGUUUGCCCGCAAAAAAUAAAGGAAAAGCUUGAGAAAAAUAUUUUAUCCUAAAGCAAGUUGUGUUAAUUUAUUGUAUUUUCCGCUUUCAUUGGAUAUUCAUUCGGUCUUUUCUUGUCAACCAACAUCGGUAAAUAUGCAUGAGUUUUUGAAAUCUUUGAGCAGGAAGCGAUAGAGAAAUCAAGCUAUUCAAAUAUUCUACUCGUUUGCUUUAAAGAACACAGUUGUGCUUGAAAAGAGAGGAUUGCUGCAGGGGUCAAUUGGAUAUCAAGAGCAACAGAGGCUGAGGCAAAGUCUGUGACCCCAUUUAUCCGUGAUCCCGUGCGAAGGAAGUCAUUGCAGACAGAUAUUGAGCACAGUUUGGGAGCAUGGAUCAACCACGACGUAAGCAGACUGCAUACCCGCCGAAACCAUUAACCCCAAAACCAAGAGUAAAAGCCAAUGUUUCGAAAUUCGAGAAAGCCGUAUACGGUAUUCGAAAUCAAGAGUGGAUUCGGGAUUUGUCGCAAGUACGAGAACCUACCACCGCUAAGAAUGUCGAUAGACUACGGGGUUACGGCAUUGUCGCUAGUUUAUGUACGAGGUUUAUGCAAGGAGAAGGUAGACAAGCGAGGUUGGUAGACGCGAGAAGGCGAGGUAGCCCACGAAUAAGAAGGAAAGUGCAUCCACCAGAUGCGUUUAACCAAUCAAAACCACGGAUUAGGCACCAAGAAGUUAUUAAACAACUUCUCGGCCAAGCUAUAGAAAGCUCUGACUUUGCGUUACUUAACGUCAUAAUCCGUAUGUCACCUUCUGUUAAGAAUUACCUCGAAGAUACGGAUGAAAAUGGGAACACAUUGUUGCACAGAUCCUGCAAAGACAGCAAUAAUAGACUGGCAGUUGUACUCGUUGAACUUGGUCUUGACGUAAACCGAGAAGGGGAACAGAACAGGACACCGUUGCAUCUUGCGGCGCUUCAAAAUGAUAUCAACAUUGUAAGACUCUUAUUAAACUCAUGCGCGGACGUGUUUGUGAAAGACGCUGAGGGAUUUAGGCCAGUGGAUUUGUGCUCUGAUUGUAAAGUACGGAGUUUAUUGCUAACGCGAAUGAAUGCAAGGUCGAGGAGCUUCAAUGCGAAAAGAAGCAAAUGGAAUUAUUGCCAGUCAGAUAAUGAUAUAAAUUUAAGCCGCACGGAUUCAGGAAUUGUCAUGGAAAAUGUUGUUAUCUUCGACAAUGCAAACAUCGUAAGGACUAAACAGACUUAUUUUCGGGCUGAAUGCCUGUCUUCUUUUCGAGACUUCUUGUUUUCAAAGGAAACGAUCGUUUAAGGAAUGCUUGAAGAAGGCUUUUGUAGAUUAACAGUCUUUUAAUCCUUCAUGGAUGUGGUAUGAAGCUAUAAAUAUCAUUCAAUUCCAAAACUUCUUGUGUCUAGUUAACUGGGGAGGUAGGAGAUGGUGGGGUAGAGUCAGGAUUGUUUAACGAUCUCCUGAUAUCUAACAGGUUGCAUGUUGCUACUGUUGCCCAGUGCUCUCUAUUAUAAUUGAUAGAACAAAUAAUAAGCUGCAUUGAAUUGACCAUACUCUCUGCUCACCUUUUUGCUUUAAAUUUACGUUCUUUCCAGCAAACAGUAGCGUAGUCAGGUUGGUAAAAUUGGGGGAGAGGGUACAAAGGCGAGUUCCGCGAAAAAAAUGGGUCCACAUCUUUAUAAACGACAGAAAACGGCCAUUUUCGAAGUUUUUGCUAGUUGGGGGGAGAGAGUGUUGUCUCCACCCCUUCUUGAGUCCUCUUCACUACGCUACUGCACUCAAGCAAAGUAGGAUGCAUAGUUAAGUGGUUGUUCAUUCUCCAGACAAGGGUAGGGUUUGGGGGUGUAACUUCCAUUUGUUUUGUUAUCCGUUUUAGUUUGUUUUUGCCGAGGGGCGAUUCACUCUUGGAAAUAGCGUACGAGAUUUUGCCUAAAACAAAAGGAUUUCUGGAGAUUUUCAGAUAAAACAAUAGGGUUUUCACAAAUGGUGUACGAGAUUUUCUUAGAGUGGUUUGCCCCUCGGUUUUUGCUUUGCACAAAAUAAUGGAUGCAUAAUGGUUCCAUGAUAUCCCCUAGACCAAAUCCAGCAUGUAUUGAUUCUGCUAUGGGUACCCCUUCCACAAGAAACAAGUUACACAACAAUAGAACAAUUAUUUGAUAAAUCAAAAUUGUAUCUAAAAUUAGGUAGGUCAACAAUUGUCAACAAGCGUAUAGAGAAAGUAUUAUUGUUGUUACUAAAGGUAUCCAUUGAAAUAAAACUUUAUUUUAGGUUAUGUAUUCACAACACGAUUUAUUACUUCAUGCUUGAAGAAUAUGGCUGCUCUUUCUAUUAGAGUCAAAGAAGCGAGAUUGCUUACGAGGCCAACCAUUCUUUGUAAACACCCCCAGCUUUUUAUACACUGGCUAAAAUGUUAACGGAUAUUCAAGGGAAAAAUCCGGUGACGGAGAAAACUGCUUGGUAGAUACUAACUCAAUGAAGAAAAUUAGAUAGAUUUGAAUAUUCAACAGCAUGCGAGUAAGAAUGAUGAACAACGGAAUAAAUAGACAAAAGAAACUAUGAAUAACAGUCAACGUAUCCGACUACCCCCUGGAAAUAGACUGUUGUGAUGUGAACAACCGCUUGGUUUGUUGUUUUCUUUAUUCUCACUAUCCAGCCAGAAGCGAACAUAAAAGCCAGAUGUAUUGCCCACGAUUAAAUUCCUGUUGUAAAAACACUAUAUAAACUAUUUUGCCUUAAUUAUUUAAGGCCUUUCUUGUCCUGAGCAGGCAAGUUUCGUAAUGAUUUUAGAAUGCGAGCCUCAGCUUGAGAAAAAUUUACACAGGCAGAAUGUUGUAUUCUGAACAAUUUUCACAGAAAUCAAAAGGGAGCUGGGAAACAAAGUUUACUUCUUGGGAAGUGAUUAGGCCAUUUUUCAUGUUAUCUGUACCAAAUUUUUGGGUCACUAUAGCAUUGACAUUUGGGUUUAAAAAGUUGAACAAUUUCACUGGGUGUUCAUGUCUUCUAUUUUCGGGUUUUAUAGAAAGCAAGCAUUAACGCCAAACCAAGAGCUGACAACCAAAAACAUGACUAAACGAUAAUUUUAUCAUUUAAGACCAAAAUAAUGUCCAAAAUACCAAAGUUACAAUCAUUAAAAAUCUUAAUGUCAGUAUAAUAAAUGCUUCUGAUAUGAGUCGAAAAUUAAUGAAAGUCACUGUUUACCGGUCCGUCAUUAAAUGCUCGAUGCCGCCGCAUAGACAUCGCUGUUCAAGCUAUUUGGUGUAUGGAACAGGUCGGUUCUGAGUUACUACUCCGAUUUUUACGCUUAAUUGUUGUUCCAGGUUACCAAACUAAUGCCGUUAGUAAAAAAGGGUAAGAGGACCCUCAGAAUAUUUGACCAUUAUCAAUCAUAUGAUUGGAGGUGGCGUUCUCUUAUCAUUUGGACCAUUCAUUUUUGGUUGGUUGGUGCGCCAAUCGCAAGGACGGCCAUAAAUAAAACUCCAACAACUUUUGAGGGGGUUGAGAAAAAGAAACAAUGGCCUUCUUCCGCCCACUAGCAACACCUUGUUCAUGCAAAAGUCGCAAGGCAUUCGGCCAUUAACUAAUGCACGAAGAAAAAAGUAGAAACUGAACAUGCAUAUAAAAACCUGAAAAUACCUAGACAUUGGUAUCGCAAACAAAAGCCUUUGCUCUCCACAGUCGAACUCCAGGUUGUCGUUAAGCGUGUGAGAAAGAAACUAUGCCUACAUAAGGUUUAUAUACCCAAGACCAAGACCACGCAGGCUCCAUGUAAUGCUUAUUCGUGCACUACUACAAUAAACACAAACUCCACCAUCGUGCAAUCUGUGCCAAAAACAAAGGCCCACGGGGCACCGAAAAUGCGUACCCUGUCACAUAUUAAUAAGGGAAUUGGCCUCGGGCAAGCCUUUAUAUGAUGCUCUUAAACCAAGGUCUUAAAAAUCAAUUCACAAAAGUACUAAGUUUAUCUUGAACUGUCAUGGCUUGAUAACAUUUUAUUGCGAUUUGGAAGACAGAUUUAGCGAAAACGUUUCUUUACAGAUCAAUCCUCAUUUUCUCAAUAUAAGGAGAGCUUUUCCGUCGAUUUAAAAGGAUUGUGUUCCAACCACCCAAACGAGUUCCGUUAUUUAUGAGUAUACGUACUAGUGCGAUUCAAGCUACGUAGGACUCAUAAAUACCAAAGAUUUGGAAAUAGAUAGAAUAAGAUCGCAUGUCUUUUCUAACAUAAGAAACUCUCCCUCCGAAGGGACACCCUCCUCGGUCUAGCAGAUCCAAAACAUCAACCAAAAGUCGUGAGUCGGCAAUUAGACAACAUGUGCAAGAAAAUCCAGAUUGCGCCAAAAACUAUAAUGGCGAAUUGUUUGGCAUUGACCCGAUCAUUCAACAAUAAAACUCAUUUGCUCGCGCGUUUGAUUGGCCCUUUUCGAUCUACAACUGGGAAAUAUAUUUACUACUUAGUGUUUUUGAUCAAAGUUAUAAAGUUUAAUUAUGAAUGUUUCUCUUUUUAAAAACCAUUUUUAAGUACUCUUAGCCUAUUAGACAGGGCUUCAAAAAAGGUGUAAAUUCUUUAGGCACGGAAAUUGGUUACAGAUUCUGUCUUCUUUAUCCUCUUUAUCAAAGCGAUGAUAAAAAAUUUCA